UCCGGUUUAUUUUUUUCAUUUUCCGGCGAUUUCGGAUGCGGCACGUGACGUCAUCAGGCUACAGCAGAAGAGAGAAAAUAAACACUUAAGAGGCUUUUCAAAGUUUUCCUGGGUUUAAAAGUUCCUCAGGGCUAGUAAUUAUAGAGGGAUGGAUGCCCUAACCGAUGCCCUUGCUGGCAGCUUUUCUGUCUCUUCAUGCCUUAACAGUACUUCUGCUCCACACCCAAGGCUUUCUCAGUAUAAGGGCAAAUAUAGCUCACUAGAGCAAAGUGAGCGCAGGAGAAAACUUUUGGAACUGCAGAAGGCGAAGCGAUUAGACUAUAUGAAUCAUGCUCGACGCCUGGCAGAGGGAGACUGGGAACAGAAGGAUGAGGAAAAAAAGGAUGAUGAAGAGGUUGAACUGGAGGAUGGAGAUGAGAUGGACGUGGAUCCUGGGAAGAAGCUACCAAGACAUUAUGCUAACCAACUUAUGCUCUCUGAAUGGUUGAUUGAAGUACCUGAGGACUUGUCAGAUAUGUGGUCGCUUAUAGUGUGUCCUGUGGGAAAGCGUUCACUGAUUGUGGCUUCACGGGGCUCAACAGCAGCAUACACCAGGAGUGGGUAUUGUGUGAACAGGUUCCCGUCAUUGCUUCCUGGAGGCAACCGGCAUAACAGCGCCACUGGGAAAGACUACACAAUCCUUGACUGUAUAUACAGUGAAGAGAUGAGAACAUAUUACGUUCUGGAUGUCAUGUGCUGGAGGGGUCACCCAGUGUAUGACUGUCAGACGGAUUUUCGCUUCUAUUGGCUCCAAUCAAAGCUGCAAGAAGAAGAUGGACUGUGUGAGAUUUCCAAAAUCAACCCUUACAAAUUUGAACGUCUGGAGAACUUCUCUUGCUCUUUGGAAAAUGUGCAGAGGAUUCUGACGCAGGAUUUCCCCUUUAAGGUAGAUGGUCUCCUGUUUUACCACAAUCAUACCCAUUAUACUCCAGGCAGUACUCCUUUGGUUGGGUGGCUACGACCUUACAUGGCCCCUGAGAUCUUAGGAUUCCCUGCCCCACCUGGGCAUCUGGCAGAGAAGCCCUCCUAUGCACAAGAGCAAAUGCGCCAGAUCUUAGAACAUAAAAAGGGUGGAAAGGGGGCAGCAGAGGGUGGAAAAUAUGAACUAGAACACCUUUCCACACUUCCAGCAACAGAAUGACAAAAAAAGGAAAAGUCUGCCUACUACAUUGCUGUAUCAUACCCCUAAUGGUUGUGCUUUCUCUCGUUGGAUAUAGCAAACUUACUGGGCCGCCAGAUAAACCUAGCCUUAUAUGUGCAAUGUUUGUAAUUCGAUAGAAACAUUUUUCUAAUAAAACAGUUUUUUUUUUAAUUUUA